AUGGGGAUGGAUUUGGAUUCAUCGCAUUUAUCAAUCUCGGAGUCACCACAAACAGCAGCCAAGAAAUCAAAAAAGAAGAGGAAGAGGCAGAAGGAAAGAGAUAACAUUGCCGCCGCAGCCCACGUCCAAAAUGGACAACAACCCAUCAGUGAUGAAACAAGCCAGUCUCGUAUUGAUGUCAGACUCGAAGUCGUCAACAACCAGGUUGACAAAACCGCACCUAUAGUGGGCUAUUUCCCAUCUGGAUAUAACCCUCACAAAAGAAAUGACAUCAACGAUGCACAAGAACCAAACCUCCCACUAGCAGUUCCACCAAGUGUUAAGCUUUAUCGGAAUGCACAGAGGGCCAAUGUUGAGAAUAGUUCCGGGGAAAAGAAUGAGAAAGGGAGAAGUUCUGAUAGGCUAGAGCUGGUAGUGAGCCCGAAAGGAUCGAAAGUUGAGUUUGUGGGAAAUAGCUAUAAAGGUGAGGCCAUGGCUGCUCAGUUGUGCACUUAUGCGCUUGGGGUUUUUGACAAGGCGACUCAGACUUUGAAGAUUAUGCCUGUUGCUGGAAAUAAGAUACUUAGAAUGGAACCAAAAGUUCAAGGGUGGCUUGCUGCUGAUACGGAACCUGCUAAUUUUGAAAAUGGUGAGAUUACUGCAGAAGAGAGAGCGGCCAAGAUAAGGCAGCUUAAUGUUCAAUAUGGACCAAAGAAGUCUAUAAUCCGGGAUAAAAAGAUGCAGGCUCUGAGGAAGGGAGAUGAUCCUCUUUCUCAGAAGGAUUUGGGCAGGAAAAUUGAAAAUGUCCCAGUAAACAAGGGCGCUCUUGAAAACACCAGUGGCCACAGUGCUCGAAAUAUUCCACCUUAUAACUCUUCUGCCAAUACACCACAGGAGGCUUAUCCUUUGGACGGGAUUAUCCUCACCGGAGAGUGGGAUUUCCUUGAAGAUAUCUAUCAGAUUUUGCAAAUAGGAGGAGAAUUAGCAAACAAUGAUUACCCAACUUUUGUCUGCAAAAGGAUCCAGAAAUUGCACGAGAUUCAGGAUGAGGUGGAGAAGAAGAGACUGUCAUGUAUUUUCUCUUACAUCAAUCAUCUUAUAAAGUUUAAAGACCAGCAUUCUAUGGAUGGUGCAUCCUCCGCUAGGAGCCAUAAAUUUCCGAGCAUUCUACGGCAGAAAUUUUUCGACAUGUUUAAUCCAGAAACAAGAAGGCUUUCGGUUGAGAACAUUGAUCUUCUCGUUAGUUAUGUUUUGGUUCUCACUUUAUAUGCUGAUGAUUUCCGUACUUUUCCGGCAGAUAUAAGUAAUGAUCUAAGAAUGAAUCCUGCUACUGUGAAAUCUCAUUAUCGCAAUUUGGGUUGCAAGAUGGAACGUGAGAAGAACAAGUAUUUUGCAACCCUUCCUGUUCCUCUUGAUUUUCCACAGCCGAAGAGGAAGUUUCGGAAACGAUAA